CAGGCGCCGCGACGCUAUGACGUCACUGGUCCGCGCUUCGCCAACGAACGUACUCCGCCAGCGAAAAAGCAAUAUCAUCGAAAAGAAAAUCUACGUAGGAGGCGUAUCAACGAAUAAGAUUCCGAAUAAGACGAUGCGAAUAAACGACCGAAACCUGUAUCAUAAUUCAAUCAAUUAAAUACGUAGCCUCUCUCCUCUUCUAUCCCCUUUUUAUUUCUCCCCUGGAGCAGAUUAAAUCAAAAACUAUUCCUCGAUCGCGACACAGAUUUUACCGAGGGACAUCGACGUCUUCUCGAGAUCGAAGAAAGUUUCGCGCCUGCCUGCAAAACACACCUCCAAAUUGAAUUCACCGACCAACUUCUUUCGAGACAGAGGAAACCCGGCUCGGCUCAACGGAGAGGGACAAAGUUACGAACGGGAAACUUAUCGGAUAAAAUUUGAUAGAGCACCUCCUCGCGUCCUCAAAACAGAAAGAGCCAAGGAACCGUCGCAUUUUUCCGGAGUUACUUCGAACGAAUUUUUCGUUUCUUGCUUCUUGGGUUGACGGUGGUGACGUUCUCGGUUCUCCGCGAGCUCGAACAAUCACCCGAACUUUCAAACUUCAGCAUCGAUCAGCCGCGAUUCGGAGCGAAUCGAGAGAUGCGAGCUGAACGGUGAGACCUCUUCGUCGGAGAAAGCUCGCCAACGCGUGUGAAAGAAGAGCGUGAGAAGCGAUUCAACGGGGUCAGAAGAUCGGUUAGAUUAACACACAGCAAGACGAGGCUAGACGAAGAUGGGGAAGAAGAAUAGCAAGCUCAAGCAGGAUACAAUCGAUCGACUCACCACCGACACGUACUUCACCGAAAAGGAGAUUCGUCAAUGGCACAAAGGAUUCCUGAAAGAUUGCCCCGAUGGACUGCUGACAGAACAGGGGUUCAUAAAGAUCUACAAGCAGUUCUUCCCGCAGGGUGACCCGUCAAAGUUCGCCUCCCUCGUCUUCAGGGUCUUCGACGAGAACGCUGACGGUACGAUAGAGUUCGAGGAGUUCAUAAGAGCGCUCUCGGUGACGUCACGCGGCAACCUGGACGAAAAGCUUCACUGGGCCUUUCGAUUGUACGACGUGGACAACGACGGCUUCAUCACGAGGGACGAGAUGUACAAUAUAGUCGACGCAAUAUAUCAGAUGGUGGGCCAGCAGCCGCAAGCCGAGGACGAGAACACACCGCAGAAAAGGGUCGACAAAAUCUUCGACCAGAUGGACAAGAACCACGACGACAAGCUCACGCUCGAGGAGUUCCGGGAGGGUAGCAAGGCCGAUCCCAGGAUCGUCCAGGCGUUGUCGCUGGGCGGCGAGUAACCCUGAUUUCCAUCACAAACGGCACCCGACCCUUCGAAAUCGGAAGUCUCCGCGCCGUCCUCAUUUGCGUAAUUAUCGGCGCGAGUUGGCCGCUCGUCCCGAUAAUCGGCCGAUGAGAAACGAUGACCCUGAGGAAAGGCAAGUCCACAUCCGCGCGGUCUGGCAUGCACGUAAUAAUAGAAAUUAUAUAGGCAAUAAGCGCGAAAAGCGUCUGAGAUGUAGAGAUUUGCGAAUAUUUUUGGAGAAAUCUCUCUCGUGUCGAAGGAAAGAAUUAUAAACUAUCUCACUCUCGGAGAAGAUCGAUUCUCGUUCCUCGUUAAAAUCGAUCCCUCCAUUUUCAUUAAUGAUCCGAUUUCGAGAAUCUCGCGAUGCUAAAUAGGUGUGUAGCGUUCAAGUAAAUCGUAGCUUUCAAGGAGACUGGACGUGACAAAUUACAUUCUUACUUAGAGAACGUGCAGGACUUCAAUAUGAACAAAUUGUUAGAGUACGAACGAUGAAGAUAUAUAUAAAUUACGAGAGGGAGAGCAUUUUCUCGUCGGGACGCUCUCUCGCCUCAAAAGCAGCUUCUUUUGUCCCGCGUUAUUCUUCCUCUGCAUUUUCCUUAUUCCCUACAAAGUAAUGUCACGGUAAUGAGAUAACGAAGAAAAUUCAGAGAAGACGCUCGACGAGCGACGAAUUUCAACGAAGCUCACUGGCGUUUUCGAUUAUUGCAGCGCGGUUCUAUAUUAGGUACAAAAAAAAGAGAAGGAAAAAAACGAAAGGGUAGCAAGGGUAGAAAUUGCAGCAGGGGCAAGCAUUCAAAUGCAGACACAACUGAUCGCGCAUUGUGCGCCGUUGCGUAGCAAGUACGAAGAAAAAUUUCAAAGUCACACAAUGAGGCACGUACGUAUUUCAACAAUACCGACAAAAGAAUCGGGAGACGUGCAAAUUUUUACGACGAUGAAUAGCACACACAAUAACAACGAGAGAGGGGUGCACUCCGUCUCUAUUUCUUUUGUAUUCUUUUUUCCCUUUCUUUUUUGCGCAACGCGAUUCAAUUAAAUGUUCUCGUCAUUCGAUCUUAAUUCACACAUUCAAUCGAUAAGUAGAAAUAUAUCGAUAUACUACGUUUGGAGACAUUUAUGUAAUAUAUUACUUUAUAUAAGAUUGAUGCUUCAAAAGUAUGCUGUCGAUUACUCAUUUUUAAAUGUCAAAAAACGAUGUCGGGUAUUAACGAGCGUUGCGUGCUACCGACAAAAUUGCAGCAGCGAUUUGAUGCCCGGUCGCCACCAUUUGCGCGUGCAAAAGUGAUUUCUUAACAAACCGCGAAUGUGCCAUCGACUCGCGCGACUUACGUAACGCCGGCAUUAGACGGCGUGGCAAAAAUUCGGCGAUACGGGAACGGUGACUAAGCAAGAAGGAAAGAAGAUGGAUAAUGGCAAUCUACUCUUUCCGAUAUUAAUGAGUGUUUUACGUCACUUAUACGAGAGAGGAAACCGUACGCGACCGUACAAUUUGCCUGCAUUUGCACCGCGGCCGUAUCAUCAAUAGAAUCCUCGGCGGAUUAUAUAGAAUGUGAAAUCGAAGAAAAGCGAAUAUAAUUAAAGUAAGUAUGGUAAGAACGAUAUAUAUCCUGGUGUGUUGAAGAUCGCGAGGAGCGAAGUUGUAUUAUUAUAUUGUAUGUGUAUCGCGAAAUACGCUCGCAGAAAUAAUGGGAUAUUUCGCUAGAAAGUGUAGAAAUAGAAUUACAAAGGCAGCGAGACUAAUGAAAAUAAUAAAUGAGAUUUAUUAAAUAUGAGUACCACAAGUAAUAUAGCAAUAACGAUCGACCGUCGAGUAUUAACGAGCAAAGUUACAUCUACUUCUCGUAGACCUUUCAAAAUUCUACGUGCUUUAAUUAUAAUCAUCGACGGCUCUUGAUUCCUCCACUUGUGAAUUUCAACGAUCUAAUUUUUAUUCAAGAUGACUCAAGUAGAAUAAAACUUACGAUCGAUAAAAAAAUCAAAGAAGAGAGUACCGGGCGUCGGAACAGGCACUUUUACCUAGAAUAAACUGAUUAGAAUUACAUGAAAAACGACUCUGAAACAAGACUGAAAGAGAACGAUAAUCUAUAUAUUUUUCACAUAACGACCGAUCGAUUAAUCAUCGUUAUAAUGUAAGACGUUUACUUUCAUGAAAUAUGAAAAUGAAGUCAAAGAUAGGAAAGUGGCGGAAGGGACAGAAAUAUCAGAUUGAAAUAAAGCGAACGUCGAGAGUGAUUAAGCUAAAUAAGGGAAAGGUCGAGCUUAUGAGACAGAUAUCUCAACAUUGCGCGAAUGCGAUUAAGGGAACCGAUAUGGGGAACAAUUGACGUCGAAAAUUCGACUCGACUGACACAAUUGAUUGUCUAUAAUCGCACUCGAUAUCCCGAUGAGACAAUAAAGCGAGACACAUAUACGCGUACGCACACAUAGGGAGGAGCGAAUAGCGAUAACGACUUGUAUUUAGUUAGUAUAGAGCGACGUGACAUUAUUGGUACACGGAUUUAUCGGAAUUUCGGAUCUGCUAUUCUCCGAUAUUAAGGAGAAACGUCAGAUGUUCGUCGGAUAAGAGCGGGGAAAAUCCAACGCGACAGAGCGAGAGCGCCAAGGACGAUUAAAGAGAGUGAGGUAGAUAGGUAUGGAAGUAGAUAGAAGAGAGAAAGACGGACGCGCCAGACGUCUCUCGGAUCGAUCCGUUAUAACAUUCUGCGAGAUAUAGCCGAAUGAGUGCUCGGGCGAACUCAUGCAAAGAAGAACAAAAAGGAACAAUGUUGGAGAUAAUCGCGCGAGAAUGGAAGAAAAGACAAGAAAAGCGCGAGGCGAGUUUAGCGGUUAGCUGUGUCGAUAUGGCGUUUCUUAUACAUAUAUAUGGGACGAGGGUGGGAUUCUCCACGACAAUAAGGAGACCCGGGUGGCGCCCGUCAUAAAUCUUGCACGGUUCAUGACCCCUCGGUCAGACCUUUUAAAGAAUAAACCCACGUUUACACGCGAGGGCGGAUAAGAAUUGUCGUUUCCGACGAAACUGGAAAAACAUCUCGCGAGAAAGCAAACACGAGGGAUCGGUGGCGUAAGAGAGAUAACGGCAAGUUAAAUGAGGUCCGAGAGAGAGAGAGGAUCGCCGACGACUUAUGAAAAAUGCAUAAGCAUUCGGUCUGCUGCUGCCAUGCAAUAUGUAACGCGUUGCUGCCAAAAACUGCACGACGAUGCGUCUAGCUGCACCUUUCCGCGGGCAAAAACCAGGAUUCGUUUUUUCGGAAACCACAGAGGAGUUUCGGUUUCAAGCUUCGGUUCUUAUUUAAUGGCAUAAUCUGUCCGCGAAAAAUCUCAGACGCGGCGCGGUAAUUAAAACCGUGUAAAAGUAAAAAAUUCACUCAUUUUGUCGGAUAAAAAAUGUAUACGAAUAUACAAUCGUAUGUUAAUGGGCGAGAUUUGAAGUAAGUUUUACGACGCGUGCGCCUGCAAAAAAAUCUUAUUGCCGCGGAAAAUUAACGCGUUUUAAAAAAAAGGAACAAGUAAAAAGUUUUUGCAAAGACGAAAUAACGAAAGGAGGAAAGAGAAAGAGAGAACUCCUUUGAGAAGCUAAAAUUCACAUAGUACCAUUGAAUUUUCAAAGCGAGGGUUCUAUCUUUUUCUAUCGUCGCACGUUCCGCAAUUCUACGGACUGGAUGAAUGCAAAGCGAGAAAAGAUACGAGUCAACUUACAGAGGAAUGAGUCUGUGACAGAGAAAAAUAACCGCAUAACCGGCAACAAAAAUUCACAAGCCCGGAAUAUCUCUAGAGAUUUAAAUGCAACUCGCGCGCGUUACGAAACGUACGUUAUUACUCCAAAUAACGUGGAUUUGCAUAUAUAUUUGUAAGGCGACAAAAAUUUUACGCACCGGAUGCGGCGCGUAAAAAUAUAUAAGCUCGACUGAAAUAAUAAAACGAUAUUUGCCCUAAGAGACAAAUAUUAAGUUUGCAAAAUGUAUUCGGCAAAUUUGCGACAUAAAUCAUCGCUUUAGAAUUCCGACUGGUGUAUCCCGCUUGAUUUAGAGAAGACCUAAGAAUCCGCUAUUCAUUUCGCAUGCGCGUAUCAACCAUGUGCGAACAAUGCAAUGGAAUUCCAUGAAUCUUGUCGCUUUAAAAAAUUACGCUCGCUACGUUUUUCAUUCAUUGCGGCACUUUUAUCCCUCAAUUUUUCACGCGCAAAAAGCUACGCAAACCUGCAACGAGAUCCGUGUAAUCAAUUCGUACGGAAAAUUACAAACGAUUCGCCUGCGAUAAAUAUUAUAUUUCGUUUUGUUUCGUACGCAUCUGACGGAAGAAUGAAAAAGCGAAUAUAUCGAAAUUCUAUACUUAUCCGACACUUUUCAGAACGAAUGUUCGUCGCACCGUAAACGUGCAAGAUACUCAUAUUUCUGCAGUCUUUGUCGUCCGCGUGUCGCGACGAUAUGUCAUUCUAAUUUUUUUUGUCAUGCUGUACUAAAUUGACGACGCUCGAUAUUACGAGCAUCUCGUGUAUCUCUCGUGCAUCUUCAUUUUUUCUUAAUUUUUUAGCCGCGCGAAACUUGCCAUCGCGUCGCGUCGACUCGCUAUAAAUUCAAGACGCGCGUGCUUGCGCCUUAACGUCAUUCCAUCCCCCGACACCUUUAUCCCUCUCUUCUCCUCCCCUUUCUGUGUUCUCGCCUAAGUUCUCACGUGGUUAGAAUUUCGGUGUUGGCGGAUAAGUCUAUUUCCAGAAUAAAACUUGAACGGCGGCCAAAGCAUGUUUAACUCUCUCUGAACGAGCGAGACUAAACUCAUUUGCGAAAUGUAUAUUCGAUGACUUAAUUUCCACCGCUAAUUUCGCUUCCCCGAGUACUACUAUUAGUUGCAGAUUUUUCCCGCUGCUCAAGAUUUACAACUACCUGAAAUUUGAGCUAUUCUUUAUUCUUCCUUUAUUUUCUCGCGCGUUUCCAUUCGUAAAACUUCCGAGCAUUUUUCAUCACCCCGUAUACCGAACAUAUUUUUCUUUUCAUGCUUGCUUUGCUCCUUCCCUUACUUGUUUUAUUCGUUUCUUUAUCGAGCGAUAGCCUGCAGAAUAUAUAGAACGAGCAACAAUGCGGUUAAGCGAAUCGCGAGCAACCAAGUAAAAUCGCGGCGAUAACAAUGGUGGCGAAGGAAAUUCUGGAAUAUAUGUAUGUUUGCAUACUGUAAUAUCUCAGCAGCCAAGAGCAACGAUUAAUUACACCCAUGAUAAACUCAAAAGCCAUUACGUCCUCGGCGAUUGUGUUUGUUCGUGUAACUUCAGUUGGUGUUUAAGAAUUCAUGUCCGCGCCGACACCUUUCAUCCUUUUCUUUUUAGAAUUCUAACGAUGUAUUAUUACUCCCAUUUAUACAUUAUGUGAUUUCAAAAGAUCCUUAAAACAAACAAUACCCCGGGGUCGUCGCAAAUUAGCAUCGCGGUCAUCUCAAGCGAGCUACCUACUCACGAGCAAAUAUUAACAACUCUCUUGUCGAACCACCAUUUACGGUGAGUCAAUCCUUGGAGCGAAUCCUUCGAGGUCGAAAUUAAUCAAAAGGCAUGCGGGCUCGGCGUGACGAAAGGAUCAAUAUAUCCGAAAUUUGUCGGAAGUGGAGACACAUGCGAUGUGCGCGUUUCUGCAGCGACGACAUCCCGCGCCGAUGAGAUAUCAAUCACCCGUUACAGAUCGACGUAUCCCAUUAUUUAGCUACACCAAAUAUUUACGGCACUCGCAAGCGUCGGAGAGACACGCGUGUGAUGUCCUCGAUGAAAUGGCGCGGACGUUUUCUCUGCGUGACAGGCAUCGCGGAGUAGGUCGAUAUUGGCAAACUUCCCGACUAUAUUUUUUCCCCUCUUUUUUUUCUUAUUUUUCUCGCACCAGCAUCUCCCCGAGGAGCUCGAGUAGCGUCGAAGAUAUUUGUCGAUAUCGAGACAAUAUCGACAAAUAUCUUUCGAGAUACACGAUAUUAUAACAUUAUUAGCUGCGAUUCGCUUCCGAAAGCGCGCGAACUCGCACUUCGAUUGCAACUAUUAACCGCGAUAUUCGCUUACGUAAUUCGCGGGUCAGGGAUUAUGACGCAUCGCUUCUUCGAGAGGGACCUUUUAUUUAUAUAUUCUGCAGGAUAUGCAAUCGAGGGUCCUUGACGCGUAUGUCUUAUAUCAUCGGACGUGAAGAAAUUCAAGUAUUAUUAAACAAAGAAGUUACUCGCGCGAAUAAAUUUUUUUUUCACAGCACCUCUGUUAGUUUGCGUUACAAUAACGACGAGCGAGUACAUAUACGGGACGACGAAAGUGGACAGGAUCAUCAAUAACAUGUAUAAUAACAUCGACUUGUUGACUUGUUGGAACGUGAUAGUAACUAAAAGAGUAUUUUUCCCGAACGUUAGACUCGCGUCCGAGGAUUUAUGUGUCAUGUUUGCGUCGAUCGAAAUUUUACGUAAGUAGAUCGUCGCCGCGGAACUUUCUUGUAUACAGGAGGAUUUUAAAAUCAAAGUCGCUCUCCUUUCCGUUCGAUCAUCCGAGUAGAGACUCUCCGAAACGGACGAAAUAACGAGGAUAAUCGCGCGCGAGUUCAAUCGUUCCUUCGGAUCGAUGCGGAGAGAAUUCGAGAAAGGAGAGUCUCUCUUUCUCUCUCUCUCUCUCUCUCUCUGAACAGAUCAAGUGAUACUCGAUCCGAAGGGAAAUAUCGAACCGAGGGUAAAGGCUAUUCCAAAAGCUCGCGAUCUCGAUACUCGCUCAAUUGAGAGAAUUGCUGCGCUAACUUUUCGCGAUGUUACGAACUUUCCAGCGAUGUCAGAGAUCAGAGUUCCGCUCCAGAUCGCGCGCGCAUCCAGGAAUUCGGCGCAAACGCCCGAGGGUUGUCGGGAGCUUUCCUCGCACAAUAUCUUGAUCCCGCGUAAACAAAUAAAUUGUUAUUGAAAUGCUACGCAAUUUCAACGCUUCGAUAUCUAUCGUUUAUUUUUCGCAUUUAUACGUUCUAGCCGAGGCUUUACCUGUCUAUACGUAUCGCGACGAUAGCAAGUCGUAUUGGGAAUAUGUCCUCUGUUAUUUCUCACCGACGCGCAAUGAAAAAGAAAAACGCGGCAGAGCCAAUAUUUAUCAAUCCAGAGAGAGAAUAGUUUGUAAAAGCAAUAACGGCCCAGAAAAAUAUAUCUCGAAGUGAGACAGAGCGAAGAAGCGGAAAGUGUUGUACGUGCAACAAACCGUCUCGCCUGCUGACGAGACAUAAAAAUCGGGCAAAUGUUGGCAAAACGCCACUCGGUGAGACACGCAAGAAAGCGAAACGCUGCCGGAAGGACCUUUAAGCAGCUCUCACGGAACCGCCUUAAUUGUCACGCGCGGACCGACGUUUAAUCACCCCCUUAAGCAACAAACAAACAUCAACGAGCUGCCGUUAUCCGAGAUGUUGGCGCGCGCGCGCGGUUUCGCCUCGAGAGAAAGAGGGUGAGCGCGAAAUCUCCUAACACGAAUAUAAAUAUUGGCGAAGAUCAACACGUGUCGUGCACGCGCAUCAGACUUCAGCGGAGCUUACAGCAACCCCCUCAAUCUAAAUAACGACUAUUUCAUGACGCGUAUUUUACACCGGCGAGCAAAUUUACCCACGUCCCGGAGAUUUAUUCGAGAAACCGUCAUCAGAAAUGUGAAAAAUUUCGCAUUAUUUCUCGUUCUCCAGCGCUUCGCUGGUAGGCGUCACGUAGUUAUAGCAUCAAAAUUAUGUCAAAAGCAGUCUCUUCUCUUAUAUUUUUUCCUACUUUCUUUUUAUUUUCAAAUCGAACCCUUUUCAGUUCUCGAACAUGAUUUAAGCGUUAAAUUUACGCGAAUGUUGCAUAUCAUUAAUGUAAAUGGACGAUCCCUGCAUAGGAAAAUAAGUCUAACAAUCGCGAAUAUUUUUAUGAGAAUAUCCUAGAAUAAUAUAUAAAUCAGCGGCAAUGAAGCAGAUUAUGCAGCAAGACAUGAUUUAUUCAAAAGUAUAUUUUUCAUCGUUCGUACACGUAGAUUUAUAUUCUUCGAUAAAUAUAUUACUAUUGUUAUCAACAUUACAGUAUGUAAAAAGAGCGCCGUAAGAAAUAGUACGUAAGGAAAUAUAUCUUGCAAUUUAGAGGAUUCAAUCUUUAUCACGGUCGCUUGACUUACUUGUGCAUUUUCAGUCUCUUAUUUUGAAAGUUACUCGCACAGGAGGAAACUCUCUGGAUGAAUCGUCAGCUCGUUAUUUUUAUGCUUCUAAGAUACUUCAAAGUAAGCCUGGUAAGCUCGAUUUCACAUUACUAUCACCGUACUACAUAAGAUGCUGCAUUCUUGCUGACGACACUCUACUCUACUUCAUAGGACUUUACGAUAUUCCUGCGAUUAUAUGACUUACGUGCGUGCUUGCCUCGCGGAAUCGUGGACGUGGCUCGAAGGGCCAUUUUUUUCGUAACAUGCCUCGAGCAUGUCCCGUCUCUGACAAGUCGGAGUGAGAAACUUUUCGACGCGAUGAGAAAAGCGAUUUUCUUUUUCCUACGAGAGGGAGACAAGUUGCCAAGACGAAAUAGCCGUUGAUAGCCGGUUUCGCUCGUUCCGACCUGUCCGAAAGAAAUGGAUGUAACCGCGUUUAAAAGUCUGCUUCGAACGCAACUCUGGAUAUCACUUGAACUCUAGCAAUAAUCGUGGAACACUCUGUUAGAUCGAUAGUGGCGGUUUUUAAACGUCUGUCGAGCGUUAAGUGCUGGUUGCACCAGCAUCAGUUAGCAUAAACUUAACAUUUCCUCUCUGUCUGCGCGCAGGGUUUCUUGUAAAUUUUCCAGCAAAGUUUCAAGAUCGUAUACUCUGAUAAACUUGGAGAAUAUAUGGAAAUUUCGGCACUAAGUAUACACCUCGAUGUGAUCGUGUCUAAUUAAGAUUUACUCGAUAUAUAAAUUACAAUUACCUUCUUUUGCACUUGAGAAUCAAUCGAAAGAUCAAUAUUUCAUUACCCGUUUCGCACUCUACUUAUUUCGCUGUAGUUUUAAUUUCACUUACUUUAAUUCGAAUCCAAUCUCCAAAUUUAUCAAAGAACUCGCAUAAAUAUACUACAAUCUAAUCGGAGAUAAAUUAAUGAUCUUAUCAGAUUAAUUCAAUCAGACUAUUGGUGCAACCCAAGUUACGAGCGACGCGUAUAUAGCUCAUGCGUCGAGUUCGGCGAAUUAAGGUAUGCGAAGGGACGAAUCACUUUGGUGACGUAUAUAAAAAAACAGCCGGGGUGGAGAAAGUCAACAAUGAUCUCCCGCAGCGAUCGCUUCAGCCUCCCUCCUCGGUUCUUCAUUUUUACGAAGGUGUCGCAGCGAUCGAAAGUUUUAUUUUUCUAUCAUGCGUAUCCGAUUUUGCUUCGGCGCAGCGCAUCCGCAGCAUCAUUGCGUCAAAAGUUGCAAGACGAGCAGGAAGGGGGAAGCCGUUGUCGCUCAUCUCGAUCAGCGGUCCAUCGCGAAUCUUCGAGUUCGUGCAUCGAUCUCAAGCGGGUGUCAGGUCAGAUGGGAGGAGAUUGCACCGGCAAAGAAGUAAACCGCGCGCCAUAAUGAAGAGAGAUUUUUAGAAGCGUUUUAAUGAGAAAAGAAGUAAUCCAUCAGCUUUAGCAAAGCUUUAGCUUUUGCAAUAUCCACGGCCGGCUCCGGCGCGGUCGAGGGUUGAUUUUCCUUUAAACGUCGGAUCCGAAACUGUUUUUCUACUUUUCUGGCGCAAAGUUGAACCCCGCUGAUGGACUCUUACCACCCCGGAUCAGAAUAAACAGAGAGAGAUAUAUAUAUGAACGGGUAUAGAACGCGCGCGAACGGCCGGUAUGUAUCGAGUUAAGUUUUUAUCUCUUCGUAUAAGAGAUUAUUAAGUAAAACAAACAAAAAAAAAGAAAAAGUCGUUUUAAGCAAUUUUUACAAUUUUCAACGGGAAGCGCAUAAGUGUAAGAGCUAACUCUCGCUUAGUGAAAUUCCUAGAUGCUUUUCGUGUUAAAUAAAUUCUUGUAGCAUUGCUUUGUACGAGCUAAGGGUCUCUUGUAGCUCGCGAAAAGAAGAAGUGGGAAGGGACGAAGAAAAAAAGGAGGGUAAACGAGCGCAACGAAGAGUGGCUGGGAAUGGAGAGCAAGGAAAGAAAAGCAAAAAGCACUAUACGUGCCAGCUCCAGGCGAUGUUUUCCAAUCUCACUACGUUCAUCUCGACGCAUCUUUUUCGCAAAGCGGUCGCCCACGAGACGUCAACGUUAAUAAUUGACAAUUAACGGGCUCGCACGCGAUCAAGAUGACGAUGGAGGAAGAAAAAAAAACUUGGAGCGAAAAGUACAAUAAAAUAUAUCACGAUAAAACUCCAGGGGGUCAUUAUGUAACUAUCAACCCGAGAUAAUCAUUCCAUUUGUAUUCGUUAAACGUGUUUUGCAUAUUUAUUUGAGCGAGAGCCAACGCGCGAUAGAAUAUAUCUGGUUUUCAUCGUUUAAACAGCUUAUUCUUUACGAUUUACAUAAUUUUAACCGCUAAAACGACUCGAUUCCAUUUCGAUUGUGCUAAUGGCUGUGAAACAAGAGUUCUCAAUUGCAAAUUUAAUUUAGCAAACAGAUCUCAACGUCGCAUUUAUUCGUGCUUGCAACCGUUUAUCGCGUAAUGUAAUCGACUGGAUCCUUGAAGCGCGUUACGCCAAUUAAUUCAAAAGCCGUCGUUUCGGUAAAAUAUUUAAUUUCAUCAUAUUAUAAUAAAAAGAUAUUGGUCACUUCGCAGAUUACUUUCCCAAGGCUAAUUGUAUCGCAAUCAAGCACAGCUCUCGCCUUUAAUUUGCGACAGGAGGUCUUGACGUUUACCGGAGAUCAGAGAGACACGCUAGCGAUGAAAAAGACGAUGUUUUCGAGAAUAAAACUGUCGUACGAUAUUCGCGCGAACUACCGUCCACGGAAUUGCGCCUCUCUAACUCCGAGAUUUGGAAUUUUUAUCGCAGUCUCACGCGCUCGGGAAUACGAUCCGUGCUUUCAAUACCGGAAACAAAUGGAACAUUUAUGGUGAUUAGAUUCGGUCGAUUCAAAGCAGAACGGUUAGACUCCACUAUGUAAGAAUGUCCAAGACUUAUGAUCCAUGUAUGUAUUUUCGGCCUUCAUUUGCUUUGGUAUUUUUAUUAGUGGUUAUUGAAACAGAUUUUGUGUUGUUGCAAUUUUACAUGCCACGUUUGUGAAGAUUAACCUUCUGUAACCCAUUUUCCGAUUGUUAUUGAACUACUCUAACGAUAUUAUUCCUCCGGGAAGUGUUGAAUAUCUCGGAAGUAUAUGAAUCACAAUAUAUCUAUAGUUGUAAAAAUAGCUUUAGGAAGUUACCGUGAGUUAUAGAAGGUUGAUGUAAAAAGAACACCUAUACGAUUAUGUAAAAUGUUGCAGAACUAUUAUUACCUCUUUCAUUUAACGAAUUCUUUGAUCAUUCCCGAGCCAAUGUUUUCGUUGUAAUAAAUUAUUUUAACAGUGAUUAUAUAGGUAUUUAAAUUUAUAUUCAACUUUCAUUAAUAUGCAAAUCAUUAUUAACAUUUUUUCUCAACUAUUUCGAAUAAUUUUAAUACUUAUUUUAAUACUAAAUUUUGCGAUACUUUAUUGCUAAAAAAAUAUUUAACAUUAACAAUUUAAAAAUUGUAAAAAUAAAAAUGUGUUAUACAAUCACACACGAAUCUCCUUAAUAUAUAAAUUAUGUAGUGAUGGGAGAAAUCGUAGAUGAAAGAAGUAGCAGUUCUUUCUGUGUAACUUAAGUUUCACUCUUAAUUAAUUGGCCGAGUUAAAUACACUAUUCCAUUGUAAAAAUGCAAAAUGUAAAUACGAUAAUCAAUGUUGUAAAUUAUUUAUAUGUUUUCUUUGAUACUCACUUACCGAGGAUAAACGAUCUAGAAGGCGAUAAAGGAAUUGCAAUGGAAUUGAACAGAGAUACAUAUUGGAAUAAGCGCGUAAAUUUUUUCCGACAUUUCUCUCCACAACUACCUUCUCUCUCUCUCUCUCUCUUUCUCUCUUUUUCUCUCUCUCUCUCUCUUACUCGUUUUACGCACCGUGAUCUCGAAAAGAGAACUUUUCAAUGCUAAUGUUAAAUCAAGAGUCUAAAAUAUAUUCUACUACAGUAAGAUUAUUAUUCUUAAGCACUGCGAAGUACGAAAAAGCUAUUCUAAUGUGUACCGUUGUACUUAUAUCGCUACUUGUACCGCUACUAUUAUCGCUAGUAUGUACUCUAACGCUAACUACUGUUACUAUAUUUGCAGCAACGUGCGAAACUUUUCCGUCUAAAAACAUAAUAUACACGAGAGACACGCCAAUAUAAAUACACGACACACAUACGUGCACAUAUUAUAUAUAUAUAUAUAUAUAUAUAUAUAUAUAUAUAUAUAUAUAUAUGUGGCCACACAUACGCACACAUAUACCCGAACAUGCAUCCGUUCGGCACACAUGAGAAACACGAACAGAGACACUUAAUAAACGUCAACAUCAUUGUUUUACGAACUUUCUGUGAUAAUUAUUAACAAUCAUUAAAUACGAAGAGAAACACUAACGUACGUGAGGGAAAUGGAGAAGGUGCGAGAUGGCGGAAAGAUAACGAGGGAUGGAAAAAGCACGUUGAAACGAUGGGGGAGAGUACGGUGCUGAGAGAUGGGACGAAAAAAGCGUCUUGUUACGUGAUAUAAAAAUUAUUGUUCCGUAGUUUGUUGUACGUAAUCGAUGAUCUGUUGAAUCGAUGGUGAGAAAUGGUUGCAAUUGCUCUGAUUAUGCAAUCGAUAUGAUAAAAAGGAAGAAAAAACAAAUAAGAGAAGUAAAGAAGCAGAGAGCGAAUGCAACAAAUAACGCGACCUCGAGACGUUGCUCGGUUAUCACAAAAAUCUAAGCGCAUUGUUAUUUUGUAUGGUCUCAUGCGUUUUUUCUAAAUGACGAGACAUCGUGACAUCCGAUAUAAUGGUGAUUAAUAAAAAUAACUUCAAGCACA